CACGAUGAGGAAGAGGAGGUGACUGAUCAUGCAUUCUCUUGUUACGUCCAACUAUAAGCUAGCGAGCUACUUGGCCUGCAGUUUGAAUGCAUCUACUUCUCCGUGUGCAGUCGUAAUACAGUCAGCGUUCGAUCGAGAUUCAGGGUAUAUAGGUUGUGAGCCUCCCUAUCAUCUCGGGCUUCCCAGUACGGUAGUUGUUUCGAUCAAGUACAUUUCAUCAUGGUGUUUUAAUUCCUGCUGCAAUGUGUGAGUUUUUUUUUUUUACGGGGAAUGGCAGGCACACUGCCUUUUGGUACAUAGAUUUGCCUUGUUGAUUGGUUUGGGUGCCAAUCAAAUUGAUUUACCUAUUGACAUCACACUCCACGAUUGGAUUUCUACACCGAUCAUCACUCGAAUUGAAUUACUAGUUCGUGUUGUAUCCAAAGACAUGAAAAAACCCAAUUGGCCACGGGAAGCUGUAUCAGAUUGCAUUACGACUUGAGCAGCUUAUGAAAAUUUAGCUAUUCCUAGAUUUUUAUUUUGCCUCUCGCGCUUCCUGCUUCCAAAGUCCAAACCCUGGCCUAAAAGUAAGAAAAGAGAAAUCCAAACGCUGCCGCCGUUGAGCUCGCGUCCUCUUCCCCACUCCAUCUCUCCCCCUCGCUUCCGUGCUCCCGUCGACGGCCGGGGCCAGCGGAGAGAUCGCCGGCAAGGGAGCGCUAGUCUUCCCUGCUCCAGGAGCGCUAAUCUUCCCUGCUCGUCCGACUUCUCCGAUGCCGCCGCCACCCGGAGCCCAUGUCGGCUAGGUCUUGCGGUGGAUUCAUCUACCUCGAGGCAACCAGGUUGUUCAGUAUAUCUUGUGGAACAGGAGAUUUGGGCAUUGAGGAGAGGUUCUGUUGAUAAAUAGGUUCGGAUCUCGGUUGCACUUUUAGUACCAGCAGCACACACCAAGGAAGCUAGUGCUGGUACCUUUUGAGAUUUGUUGGUGAUGGAUGGUAGUUACUCCAGAAAGAGAACAGCUGAAGCUCAGCAAGAAGGAGAGCACAGCGCCAAGAGGCUUAAUGUUACCGUGGGGAUGGAGACCCUUGAUUGCCCCAUCUGCUAUAAUCCCCUCGAGCCUCCAAUAUUUCAGUGCUCCGUGGGGCAUUUCAUAUGCUCGUCUUGCCGUGGCAAGCAACUGGACAAGAAGUGCCCCUCAUGCUGUAUCAAAACUUCCUUCAAGCGCUACUUUGGGAUGGAACAUGUCGUUCAGUCAGCCACAGUUCCUUGCUCCAAUGCUAAGUAUGGAUGCGCCGUGAAGGUCGCCUACUACCAUAAAGAGGAACAUGAGAAGGCAUGUCCGAAUACCCCAUGCUUCUGCCCAGAGUCUGGCUGCGGCUUCGCUGGGACAACAAUGGCGCUCCUGGACCAUUUGACCAACCAACAUAAGUGUCCGUCUACAACCCUCCCAGAUUCUGCAUUUUCUGCAGAUUCUGGCACGGUGAACCUCUGCUUACAACCAGGCUUACAUCUCCUGCGAUGCGGCAGGAGUGUGACCAGCUAUUUUUUCCUGUUCAGCAUGGCAUCAGAGCCUUUUGGACAUGCCAUCUCAGUCGUCUGCGUCCAACCUAAUGUCACAAAACCAAAGUCAUGCAACAUGAAGUAUGAGUGCUCUACGAUCGGCUAUUGUGAAAUCUCAAGUUGCCAGAUAAGGAGCUCUUCACUCUCUGAUGGGCUACCGACAGGCUAUGACUUAAUUCUGCCCAAGGGAAAAGUUUCUGAUGACCGGAACGGUAUCAGGCUCAGAACCACCAUAAUUCAACCUCUUAGUUUUAGUCUCGUCACAUCCUGUCUCCAAGGAAAGGGUCUGACCCCCACUCUUCAAGAACAGCCCUUCGCUGCCAGGGGGAUUCCUGAUGAUUCUGAUUCUGAUCCUGAUGAUGAAUGACCCUUAAUUAUAGCUGCCAGACGGAUUCCUGCUGAUUCUAUGAACGGCCCUUAGCUGCCAGACGGAAUCUUUUAAUCCUGAUUCUGAAGAUGGAUUCGAUGAUGAACCGCCUUUAGCUGCCAGAUUUACCAAAAUUCAUUAUCCACGGUGAUGGUUUUUUUUUUUGACGAAACGUAGCAGCGCUACUUUCAUUUCUUAAGAAGAGGAAAAGCAAACGAAGUAUAAAGUACAGGCCAAAACUGAAAGAAGGACAACGGAGAAGCUAGAGAAUACAGAGACUAUAAACACUAAAACAGCUAAACUGUAACUAGCAUCAAACAGCUUCAGGUGGUCUAGUUGCAUGAUACCACUGCCUCUCAAUCAU